AUGAAUCACCAAGAGCUAGUAGUUAUAGACCAUAUGGGGAACGAAACAAUGUAUGACAGAAAGCUUCUCCGUAACUGGAGAAACUUCCUAAAAGCAAAAGGUGCUGGCCGGAGAAGCUGGAGUGUCCGCCAUAUGCCGCAUAUGCUGCAGAAGGACUCCAGCAGUUGUGGGGUCUUGGUUUUGAAGUUUGCAGAAACAUAUGUUCAAAUGGGAGGGCUGCAGGCAGUGCAAACAGGACCCAAAGACAUAUCCCAAGCCAGACUGCACAUCGCUACCACACUGUAUCAACAUCGAGACAAGGUGGAAGAGUACUGUGUGGAAUGCAAUAUGCUUCACUGUAAUGCUUCAGAGAACAUCAUUGACAUGAUACAGUGUGACUGCUGCUCAAGGUGGACACACAAAGAAUGUGCCACAGACAUGGGUGACAUGUUCAUAUAUAUAGCCAUCAGUUUGUCAUACGCGUAUGACGAUCUGACAACGCAUGGCUAUCUGACAGAACAGCGGCCAUGGUCAACCCUGGCCCCCCAUCUAGCUCCGCCCCUACCUAGAUGUGACGUCAAGGCUGAUCCUGAAGAGUGCGUGGCAGUCUGUGGGCGCGCGCCCUCGGGGUUUCGGGCUGAACCAGCAGAGGAAAAUAUCUGGACGAUAAAGAAGUUUAAGAUGUCUGUCCGCGCUGGCCUGCUGGGCCGUGUCUCUUUCUGCAAGCUGCUCAGAAAGGAGGAAUAA